AGUGGCCUCACCACUUGUCGUCCUAUCAACAACAAAAUAUCCCCUUCCUUCUGUACACCUCACACUGUUCACGAAUCUAACCCGCCUUGGGUCGCUGGAUAAGCUGCGCAAUAGGACAGUGUGGUUUCGAAACAUCCGUGUCGCCUCUAUCGCACACCCAUGCCUGCCUCCCUAGUUAGCACGACGCCCCCCAGCUUCAAUUAGCAUCGCCGCUGCGUAGGUCACGAUGCACCUACCGUCGCGGGCGUUGUCGCUUGCGGUGUUGCUCGCGUUGCCCGCCGCCGUUCGCGCCGUCUUCAAAGACGAGGUCGGCCACAUCGACUACCACCACGAGCUCCUCGGUGUGCCCCAGCGCGAAACUACAUUCUUCCACCGCCCCCGGCCCCAGGACAAGGCGAGCCUCCUCUACACCCUCAGCGACCUCGGCGUCCUCGGCGCCGUCAAUCCCGGCAAUGGCGCCAUCGUGUGGCGCCGGCUGCUGGACGGGAACAUAACUGAUGGAGGAGGGCACUUGCGUGCCGGCGACGACGAGACCUGGCUGGCCAGCGCCCUGGGUGGCUCCGUGCAUACGUGGGACGCCAUCAGCGGCCGCAACGUCUGGUCCCUCGAGUUCGACGGUGUCGUCAAGGACCUCGAGAUCAUGGAGAUGACCGAGAGCAACCGCAAGGAUGUCCUGGCGCUGCACGAGGAGGAUGGCGCGACGGUGGCACGGAGGAUACACGGCAAGGAAGGACACGUGGUGUGGGAGUUUCGCGAGCUCAAUAACGACCUACCCCUACAGGUGAGCACCAACGUGGAGAAGGUGUUCGUCGUUACCCUACACGGCUCGCUGUCGUCCUACAACCUCAAGGUUCUGGUCCUCGACACCCUCACCGGCAAGAAACUCGACGAGAUCAUCGUCGGGACGAAAAGCGAAGUGCAGAAGCCGGCAGACGUCAUGUUCGUCGGCGCCAACUCGGCUGCCCCUGUCGUCGCUUGGACCGACAACGCCCUGACUAAGCUAAAAGUUUCCGUCCUCGGCUCGAAGACGAGGCAGGAGUUCUCUCUCGUGGCUGGUGCGGCCAGCGUGGAGAUCCACGCACCACACACCAUCCAGUCGGUGCCGCAUUUCCUCGUGCACACCCGAACCAAGUCGGGAAGCAAGGCGGAUGUGUUCCACGUCGACAUGAAGAAUGGCGCCAUUAGUAAGGCCUACGAGCUACCAUUGCUUGAGGGAGCGAAUGCAUUCUCGACGAGUUCAUCUGCUGCCAACGUCUACUUCACCCGGGUCACGGCCGACGAGGUCAUAGUCACCUCAUCAAGCUCCCACGGCAUCCUCGGCCGUUGGCCUGUUAAAGGAGGGGCCAAUAAACGGAACGCGAUACACGGUGUCUCCGACGUCAUUAAGAAAUCCGACGAUACUUACGCCGUCAGAUCAGCUAUUGUCACGGACGACGACGACUGGGUUCAGAUUGUCAACGGAGAUGUGGCUUGGGCUCGAACCGAAGGCUUGAGCGGCGCCGUCGCUACUGCUUGGGCGGAAAUUCCCGAGUCGGAGGAUCUAGCAAGGACAUUAGAGGCUGAGGCACACAGCAAUCCCCUUUCUGCCUUCAUUCACCGGUUUAAACGUCACAUUGACGAGCUUCAAUACCUACCGGCGUACCUAGAGACAGUUUCCAAACGCCUCGUCGCCAGCCUGCUCGGGACAGAUAUCUCAGGAGCGAGCGAUGUGCUUUCUCGAGAUAGUUUCGGCUUUAAUAAGCUCGUCGUUCUGGCGACGAAGCGUGGUAAGCUUUACGGCCUUGACGUCGGCAACCACGGUAGGAUUGUCUGGUCCAAGUCAGCGAGCGAAAUCCCGUCCAGCAAGCACUGGGACGUAGUAGCCAUCUAUGCCGAUGAUGCGAAGGGACAGGUGACCGUCCUAGGAGCCAAUGGCGAGGUUAUAACCGUUAGUCCAGACACCGGCGAAGUUGUCGAAGCGGUACCGUCCGGUUCACUUCCGCGGGUAGAGAGCGCGGUUGUGGUGGACAGCGAUGCCGGUCCCUGGCUGCUACCCGUCGGUGAGUCCGGCAGGAUUGGCCAAAUACCAAGUUCGCACGCCCCCAAGCAGACUAUCGUCACGCGAACUAGUGACGGCCGAGUUAGGGGUGUAAAAUUUGUGGUCGACGGCGAGAAAACCACGCAAUUGGAGACAUGGUCCUUCUCUCCGCCUACGGGGCAGAAGAUUGUCGAGGUAGCGAGUCGACCCCAGCACGACCCAAUUGCCUCGAUAGGUCGAGUCCUCGGUGACCGCACCGUCAAGUACAAAUACCUAAAUCCCAACACCUUAGUUGUCGCGGCGGUUGACGAACAAGAGAACUCUCUCUCCGUCUAUCUCCUGGAUACGGUAUCCGGGCAGGUCCUGACCUCGUCAAUCUACGAAGGAGUCGACUCAACCAAGGACAUCUCCUGUGCCAUAGCCGAGAAUUGGUUCCUAUGCUCAUUCUUCGGCCAGUACCAGCUACGAGAAGCGGAGUCACAGAGCCUCAGGGGCUACCAGGUCGUCGUCUCGGACUUGUACGAGUCAGACGUAGCGAACGACCGCGGGGCGCUUAGCGACGCGGCCAACUUUUCGUCUCUCGACCCGGUCGACGUGCCCACGAGGCCGUACCUGCCGUCGGUGACCUCGAAGGUAUUCGUGAUAUCGGAGCCGGCGCGGUCGCUAGCUGUGACGAAGACGCGGCAGGGGAUCGCAGCGCGGCAGGUGCUCGCCUACCUACCUGAAACGCAGUCGAUCGUGGGAAUCGCGCGCACGGCGCUCGAGCCGCGGCGGCCCGUCGGCCGUGACCCGACGCCGGCAGAGGUCGAGGAAGGGCUCACCCGGUACGCGGCGGCGCUCGAGCUCGACCCCCGGGCGCGCCCGUCGCACUACCGCGAGGUCCUCGGUGUCCGAGGCAUCGCGACGACGCCGGCCACGCUCGAGAGCACCUGCCUCGUGCUCGCGUACGGCAUCGACGUGUUCGGGACCCGCGUCGCGCCCAGCCUCACGUUCGACGCGCUCGGCCAGGGCUUCAACAAACCGGCGCUCGUGGGCACGGUGCUCGCGCUCGUCGCUGGAGUAGGAGUGCUGAGUCCUAUGGUCAGGAAGAAGCAGAUUAACCUGCGCUGGCAGGCGUAAGUAGACCAGACGCGUAAGCAGAACAGCCUGGGUUAUGAGGGACGAGCAAAAUACGGGGCAAACAGCGGAGAGGCAAGGGAACGGGAAAAUAGGUUUAGUCACGCCAAAGGGAGAGGGGCCGGUAGCAGCUGAGAAAGGGGCACGCGGUAAUGAUGACGAGAGCGGUGUGUACAGUAACAUGCAUGCGUAUACGGGCACAUCUACAAGACGCCCACCUACCUACCUACUUACUAGUGCUUCGCGGGUACGGCACGGCAGCAUCUAGACGGACGGGCGGGACUAGUGAGGGUUCGAGGAGAAUACAUGAUCUUGCUACUUGC